UUAAUUAAAAAGAAAAAUAGAGAAAGAGGGAGGAAGAGGAAGAGGGGUUUGGUCCGAUGGCACUUGCUGGCAGAGUAGGUUGUCGCUGAAGGUGGAUCUGAAUCUGAUCGUCUGAUGAGAUUGAGACCAGAAAGCGGCGAAGAAGAAGGAGAAACUGUAAUUCUCUCAAUCCAAACUGCCAUUUUCGAUGUAAUCUUAAUUCAUAAUCUGCUCUUCAGGUCAGUCUUAAUCCUUAAACCUAAACUCUCUCUCCCAUUGAUUCUGUUCAAUGCACUUCUGUACCGUGAUUUCUCGCCAUGUUUUUUAAUCGAUCCCUCUAGUCAAUCCGCGGACGAACUUCAAUUUUAACAUCCCCACACACACUCUCUCUACUGUGGUUUUUGGGGAUCACUAUGAUCUAGAGUUAAGCAAUUCAGUUGUUAUAAUGAAGGAUUUUGGUGCGUUUCUGAGGAAUUAUUGAAGUUUUGUGCCGAAUCAGAGAAAAAUGGUGUUGGGUAGAUUUAGGGAUGUUUUCUCGUUUGUAGCCAGUCGUUUGUCGGGCCGACAGUCUUCUACGGAUGCGUAUAAAUCAUCGUCGCCUCCGUUGAUCGAUUCUUCGCCUCCUCUUGUUGCUGGAUUUUCAAGUCCUGCGCUUAAGAACAAUAUAAGGCUUUCAUCGUCUCUUCAGGAUCUUUCUGCUUACCGUAGACUUGAUCUCGAAGAGGGUAAUCAUGGACUUGGGAGUGCAGCUUCUGAUUUUAGACCGCCCCAGCGAGAGAAUGCUGGCUCUAGUUUCUCGAAGGAGAAGGCAUUGCCUGGAGGCUCCUCCCGGUGGCCGAUCAAGAAGUUGGUGCGAACAAUUGUUCUUUUUCUGUGUCUUUUGCUCGUUUGUUUUCUAAUUUAUACGGUUUCUAUGUAUAUUUAUUCAUAUUGGUCUCAAGGAACACCAAGAUACUUUGUGGUGCUUGACUGUGGAAGUACUGGGACUCGAGCGUAUGUAUAUCAAGCAAAUAUUAAUUAUAAGAAAGAUGGAGCCCUUCCCAUUGCCAUCAGGUCAUAUACAGGACAGAAGAAGAAAUCGAAGUCUCAGAGCGGACGGGCUUAUGAUCGAAUGGAAACAGAACCAGGGCUUGAUAAGUUGGUUCGUAACGUGACUGGUUUGAAGAAAGCGAUUAAACCCCUGCUUCAUUGGGCUGAGAAGCAGAUUCCUAAGCGUGCCCAUGAAAGCACUUCUCUUUUCCUCUAUGCGACCGCUGGGGUUAGAAAACUACCACCUGCAGAUUCGAAAUGGAUUCUGGACAAUGCUUGGUCUAUAUUAAAGAGUUCGCGCUUUCUUUGCCAGAGAGAAUGGGUUAAAACCAUUACAGGUACAGAAGAGGCUUACUAUGGAUGGAUUGCCCUUAACUAUCAAAAACAAUUGUUGGGGGUUAAACCAAGGGAACUAACAUAUGGGGCACUUGAUUUGGGAGGGUCUUCCUUGCAAGUAACUUUUGAAAGCAAGGAACGAAAUGAGUCGAGUUUGAACAUUAGAAUUGGAAAUGUUGAUUAUCAUCUUAAUGCUUAUUCGCUUACCGGGUAUGGUUUAAAUGAUGCAUUUGGGAAGUCUGUUGUCCACCUAUUAAGAAGGAUUCAAGAACAUGAAAAGCUAGACUUGUCUAAAUUUAAACUUAACCACCCUUGCCUGCAUUCUGGGUACAAUGAGAAGUAUACCUGUAACCAGUGUGGAAAAUUGUUGGGUAGAGGAGGUAAUUCAGGAAUUUCUCUAAGGCUGAUUGGUGCUCCGAAUUGGGAAGAAUGUUCUGCACUUGCUAAAGUUGCAGUAAAUUUUUCCGAAUGGUCAAAUACGAGUGCUGGACUUGAUUGUGAUGUGCAACCAUGUGCCAUAACUAAUGACUACCCUCCACCGUAUGGGAAUUUUUAUGCCAUUUCUGGUUUCUUCGUGGUGUUUCGAUUUUUCAAUCUGACUUCAGAGGCUGCACUUGAUGAUGUAUUAGAAAAGGGUCACAAAUUUUGUGAGAAACCUUGGGAAGUUGCACGGGCUAGUGUUGCUCCACAGCCCUUUAUUGAGCAAUACUGCUUUAGGGCACCAUACGUAGUCUCGCUCCUUAGAGAGGGGUUGCAUAUUACUGAUAAACAAAUUAUUAUUGGUUCAGGGAGUACAACUUGGACUCUCGGGGUUUCACUGUUGGAGGGGGGGAAGACGUCUGCAGUUACAACCAGACUACAGCUCCAUGGUAGUGCAAUACCUAGAUUUUUUCGGAGACCCUAUCUCCCAAUUUUCCGGCAUAAUACUGUCUCUACCACAUCUGUUCUAAACAUUCCAUCUCCUUUUCGGUUACAGCGGUGGAGUCCAAUGAGUUCUGGGGAUGGCAGAGUCAAGAUGCCACUGAGUCCAACAGUUAAAGGCUCUCAAGAAAGACCCUUUGGCUUAGGACAUGGCUUUGGCAGCAGUAGUGGCAUCCAACUUAUGGAGUCAUCCUUGCACCGGUCAUCCAGCAGUAUGGUCUCGCAUAGCUAUUCUUCAAAUAGUCUUGGCCAAAUGCAAUUUGACAGUAACAGCGUCGGUUCGUUCUGGACCCCACGUCGUAGUCAGAUGCGCCUUCAAAGUAGACGUUCGCAAUCUCGAGAGGAUCUGUCAUUGACGUCGGCUGAAACACACAUGGUGAAGGUUUAGAAGAAGCAGGCUUUAAAGUGUAGAUGAUCGCAAUCUCGAGAGGAUGUUUCUUCGUCGUUGGCCAAUGAAACACACAGAUGCUGAGGGUUUAGAAGAAGCAGACUUCAGAAAUUUUGGUAGACACUACUAAUUUGACUUCCCUCCCCCCUGCAUUGCUUUUCUGACUCUUGAAUAGAUAAUAUAUGGAAAAAGUUUGCAUAGAGGUUCAUGAAUUCAAUUUAGGAGUUCUUUCUGUAUCUGAAGGAACAAUUUUUAUAUGAGAAGUAGAUGUGCAUAUAUAUAGUCCCGUUAAA